CAGGCGCGGCUUGCAGCCGUAGUCGCCGCAGCAUCCUCCGUGCGGUUGUGUUCUAACCUUGUCCUCCUCGUCCUCGUUCCCCUCGGGCGGCCGGCCUCAUGGCGAAGCCGCUGACGGACGGCGAGAGGCGGAAGCAAAUCAGCGUCCGCGGGCUAGCGGGGCUGGGCGACGUGGCGGAGGUGCGGAAGAGCUUCAACCGGCACCUGCACUUCACGCUCGUUAAGGACCGCAAUGUGGCCACGCGCCGCGACUACUAUCUGGCUCUGGCGCACACGGUGCGCGACCACCUGGUGGGCCGCUGGAUCCGUACGCAGCAGCAUUACUACGAGCGCGACCCCAAGCGCAUCUAUUAUCUCUCCUUGGAGUUCUACAUGGGCCGAACGCUGCAGAACACGAUGGUGAACCUGGGCCUUCAGAAUGCCUGCGACGAGGCCAUCUACCAGUUGGGGUUGGACUUGGAGGAGCUGGAAGAGAUGGAAGAGGAUGCCGGCCUGGGGAACGGAGGCUUGGGGCGGCUGGCAGCCUGCUUCCUUGACUCGAUGGCCACCUUGGGCCUGGCAGCAUACGGUUAUGGAAUCCGCUAUGAGUUUGGGAUUUUUAACCAGAAGAUUGUCAAUGGCUGGCAGGUGGAGGAGGCCGAUGACUGGCUGCGCUACGGCAACCCCUGGGAGAAAGCUCGGCCCGAGUACACGCUGCCGGUGCACUUCUACGGGAGAGUGGAGCACAGUGCUGAGGGUGUGCGGUGGCUGGACACGCAGGUGGUGCUGGCCAUGCCCUACGACACCCCAGUGCCCGGCUACAAGAACGACACCGUCAACACCAUGAGACUGUGGUCUGCCAAGGCGCCCAAUGACUUCAAGCUUCAUGACUUCAAUGUGGGUGGCUACAUCGAGGCGGUGCUGGACCGGAACCUGGCCGAGAACAUCUCCAGAGUCCUCUACCCCAACGAUAACUUCUUUGAGGGAAAGGAGCUGCGGCUGAAGCAGGAGUACUUCGUGGUGGCUGCCACCCUGCAGGACGUCAUCCGGCGCUUCAAGUCGGCCAAGUUUGGCUGCCGUGACCCAGUGAGGACCAGCUUCGAUACGUUCCCAGACAAGGUGGCCAUCCAGCUGAACGACACCCACCCUGCUCUCGCCAUCCCUGAGCUCAUGCGGAUCCUGGUGGACGUGGAGAAGGUGGACUGGGACAAGGCCUGGGACAUCACAAAGAAGACCUGUGCGUAUACCAACCACACCGUGCUGCCCGAGGCCUUGGAGCGGUGGCCCGUGUCCAUGUUUGAGAAGCUGCUGCCGCGGCAUCUGGAGAUCAUCUACGCUAUCAACCAGAGGCACCUGGAUCAUGUGGCCGCCCUCUUCCCCGGGGACGUGGACCGCCUGCGGAGGAUGUCUGUGAUCGAGGAGGGGGACUGCAAGCGCAUCAACAUGGCCCACCUGUGUGUCAUUGGGUCCCAUGCUGUCAAUGGUGUGGCGAGGAUCCACUCGGAGAUCGUGAAGCAUUCAGUCUUUAAGGAUUUUUACGAGCUGGAGCCAGAGAAGUUCCAGAAUAAGACGAAUGGCAUCACGCCCCGACGGUGGCUGCUCCUGUGUAACCCGGGGCUGGCCGACACCAUCAUGGAGCGGAUCGGGGAGGGCUUCCUGACAGACCUGAGCCAACUGCGGAAGCUGCUGCCGCUGGUGAAUGAUGAGGCGCUCAUCAGGGACGUGGCCCAGGUCAAGCAGGAAAACAAGGUGAAGUUCUCUGCCUUCUUGGAGAAGGAGUACGGGGUGAAGGUCAAUCCUGCCUCCAUGUUCGAUGUGCACGUGAAGCGGAUCCAUGAGUACAAGCGGCAGCUACUCAACUGCCUGCACGUGGUCACCCUGUACAACCGAAUAAAGAAGGACCCAGGCCAGGCCUUUGUGCCCAGGACUGUCAUGAUCGGGGGCAAGGCAGCGCCCGGCUACCACAUGGCCAAGAUGAUCAUCAAGCUGGUCACAUCCAUCGGUGACGUUGUCAACCAUGACCCAGUUGUGGGUGACAGGCUCAAAGUGAUCUUCCUGGAGAACUACCGAGUGUCCUUGGCCGAGAAAGUGAUCCCUGCCGCGGACCUGUCACAGCAGAUCUCCACUGCAGGCACCGAGGCCUCGGGCACAGGCAACAUGAAGUUCAUGCUCAAUGGGGCCCUCACCAUCGGCACCAUGGACGGGGCCAACGUGGAGAUGGCCGAGGAGGCUGGGGCCGAGAACCUCUUCAUCUUCGGCCUGCGGGUGGAGGACGUUGAGGCCCUGGACCAAAAAGGGUACAAUGCCAGGGAGUACUAUGAGCGUCUGCCCGAGCUGCGGCAGGCCGUGGACCAGAUUAGCAAUGGUUUCUUCUCCCCCCGGAAACCUGACUGCUUCAAGGACCUCGUGGACAUGCUGCUGAACCACGACAGGUUCAAAGUAUUUGCGGAUUAUGAAGCGUACGUGGCGUGCCAGGCCCGUGUGGACCGGCUGUACCAGGACCCCAAGGAGUGGACCAAGAAGGUCAUCAGGAACAUCGCUUGCUCGGGCAAGUUCUCCAGUGACCGGACCAUCACAGAGUACGCCCGGGACAUCUGGGGCGUGGAGCCCUCAGCCCAACAGGCCCAGGCCCCGAGCCUCCCCAGGGACUAGGACCCUGCCCUCAGACUAGGGCUUUUGUUUUCUUGCUGACUCUGCACCUCAUAUCCAAGCACGUUGCCAGCACGCUGCUUUUUUCAGUGUUGUUGGAAGGGCUGUGGGGGGAGGAAUAAUGCUGGAGGUGAGGUAGGAGAGCUGAACCCACAGCACUGACUGGGGCAGCUGGCCUGUAGUUUGCCAACCUGCCCCUUGGAAGCUCCCUGCAGCCUUGCACGCCCGUGUGUGAGCUUUGUAGUUUUUAGUUUUGAGCCUCUGGGCUCCAAGGAGGCAGCUGGGGCAAAGCCUGGGGAGUGUUUCUGCAGUAUCUGGCUGACCAGUGGCAUGGCUCCUGGGCCUCCUUGGCCCAGCAGCCAGGCUGGGAGGGUCCAGUGCUCCAGGCUGUGUCUUCAUAGCUGCUGUGUGGCACCUGAGAUAACUGAGGGUGACACUGGGAAGGACACCUGUGUCCAGCAUCUGGGGGCUUUGUUUAGGACAAGCUGGCUGAUGCAAUUAGUUUGAUUCUGCUUUUUCAAAAGAGUUUUUCACAAGGAAAAGAAACUGGCUGAAGCUUUUUCUUGUUUUAGCAAGUAAAAAUAGCACUUUUGCUAUUUUUAGUGAUGGUGUGGAAUUUUCACCUGGGCGGGGACCGGGAAAGGUCUCUGCCUCUGCCAGAUGAGGCUGGACACCUGGCCCCCACUGCAGACUCAUCCCUCCCUUUUCAGCAGCUUGACAACCUGGUCUGGAAAAGGACUGAACAGGUCCAGAGGGGAGCCUGCUGUCCAUCCUGCCUGGGAGCAGGCUGGUGCCAGGGCAGGAGAGUGGGCAGAAGCCCCUCCCAAAGGCCCCGCCACCUUAGGUGUGGGGUCCCAGCCUCAAGGGGCUCUGGUUGCACCCCCACCCCCACUGCCCGAGUGCCAUCAUCACUGUGCCUGUUACUGCCUCAUAUGAGAAAGCGAGUAAACCUUCCUGCUUGUGCUCCUUGAUCCAGCCUCUUGUGCUUCAGUCCAGCCCAAGGCAGCACAUGGUCCCUGCCAGGCUACACUGCAGCCCAUUGUUCUGGGACCGAGGUCAAAAAGUUCUCUCACCCCAGCUGCAUGUGGGAUUUAGAGCCACGUGUGCCUGAAGGGCCAGCUCUUCACAGAAUCAUCAAACCCAGCCACUUGGAAAACUCAUCUGGAUGCUGGCCUUUUUGGUGUGAAUUGUUUCUUUGCACCCUCUGUCACCCACUUCUGGCCCUGGGAGGUGGAACACCCUGGGAACCAAAACAUCCCCCCUAAGUUGUAUGGCUGCAGGUCAAAUAAAAAACCUAGAGAGAUUUGAA